UAUUUGCCGAGCUCUCCCGAACCCCUCCUCGAUCAUGGCUGAUCGCGUCCGCGUCCGAGGUGUCACAAUACACAGACCCGUAAUAUAUGGAAACAUUGCGACAGUCCUUACUCCUGCUGAGAGGGAGACAUCUCACUAUCCAGACCACACUCAUCGGUGGACAGUCGCAGUUCGUAGCGCCCCGAGCGUCCCAGACUCUGAUAUUGUCGGCGGUGCAGAUGACUUGGGGUACUUCAUCAAACGAGUCACGUUCAAAUUGCACGAUACAUAUCCGAAUCCGACCAGAAACAUCGAUAAACCUCCAUUUGAGGUGUCAGAAACUGGUUGGGGGGAGUUUGAGAUUCAAAUCCGCAUCACAUAUGUAGCAGAGUCUGGCGAGAAAGCCACCACGCUAUACCACCACCUGAAGUUGCAUCCUUGGUCGAUUACCUUCCCUAUGCCAAAUGCAUCUGCAGUUCCUGUAGAGCCUGAAAUUCCGUCUCCCGAGAACGCUGCCAAGCUCGGGCCUGUGCAUAGCUGGCAAUACGACGAGAUUGUCUUUACAGACCCAUUCCAAAAUUUCCUCAAUCUUCUAACUGCACAUCCACCAACGCCGCUACCGAAAGCAAGUGUAAACAAGAAGCCCGUUCCUUUUCACUCGUCUAACCCCGCGUCAUUGGAGGCGAGUUUAAAGGGUGGUGUGCCGGAGUUCACCAGUGCCAUGGAGAAAGAGGAGGCAGAUAGAAUGGAAGAAGCGAAGGGCAAGAUUAUCAAAGAGCAGGAGAAAUGGCGAGCCAUCUUGAUAGAAAAAGAAAAGGACCUCGAAAGGCUUCAGAAGUUACUUGCAUCAAAGGAGUGAUUUUGCCAGACGUUGGUCUCUCUAGGAUAUCUGUAAGCAUGCGAAAAGCAACGGACAUCAAAACAAGUGUGCUCGGGCGUCCCUUUGAGACUACAGCAAUAUCCUCGGUCGGGGAUUGAGUCUACGACAUACCAGACCUACGACCCUCUCGUGGAGAUUAGCCGAAGGCAACCCGAGAUCGUACCACAGCAGUACCACAGCAACUGACUUGCGAUGUGAUCUCUAGAUGUCGCUCCUUCUGUACAGUACCACAUGCUAUUACCUUCGCAAACGCCGAGAACAUGACAUGUACUAGCUAGCUGAAUGUCGCUAACCAAGAUG